AUGCUUUCGCAAUUGACUGACAAGACAUACAACCUUCGACGAUUGACAUUGACAGUUGAACGGUUCAGUCUUCUUUGUCGUCUGUUUGAUUGUUUACCUUUAAUCGAGCAUGUCAAUAUUGAACAACAAUUUCCCUAUGUUUGCGAUAACGAUGAACGUACAAUUCUGUCUUCGUAUAAUUAUCAUAAUCUAGUUCGACUCAUCAGCUUUGAAUUAAUAAUCAAUUGUCAGUCAUUUGAUUACACUCUCUUCCACACAAUAAUAACAGAUAUGAAAUAUUUAACAUCUCUGUCAUUUGAUUAUGGAAUAUAUGAAAGUGAUAUCAAUGGUUAUCAGUUACAAUCAACAUUAUCAUCAUUGAUCAAUUUGAGUCAGCUAAAUUUUCGUUUAAUUAUUCGCAAUUACCUUGAUAAUGAUGAACACUUAUAUUCUUCGUUUCAAACUGAUUACUGGCAUUCUUUAAAUAUUUGUUGUCAUUUUGAUUUUGUCGAUCAAAAGUAUUAUAUUUACACUCGUCCAUGGACACCGACAAUGACAUUUGCUAUGACCUAUGAGACAACAUUGAAUAUGAUUCCCAAUGACUUCGGCCGUGUUCGUAAAUAUAAUCAAAUGCGUGGCUCAACAGCCGUAGUAUUCAAGUAUUUUCCGAAUUUAUAUGAACUUUUCAUCAACGAAAAUGCCCUGUUAGGUGACAUGCAUUUUCGAUUGAAUAUGAAAUAUCUAAAAAGUCUCUGGUUCACUGGACUAUCAUCUACAUCUUCCACUGAAAUAAUCAUAUCGCACUUACGUUGGAUUCUAUUACGGGCUCCGAAUUUGAAAAUUCUUAACGUUGACUUUGACUAUCUCGUUAAUUGUUUGAACGUUGAUCAUCAUUCAUAUCAGAUCAUAACAUUACAUUUGAUAGGAUGUAGAUUUGAUGUUGCUGAAAAGUUUACAUUAAUCCAGCCUUGUUUUCCAGUAUUAGAAAUUUUAUCUCUAAAAUCAUCUAGAUUACAACCAAUUGAUGAUGUUACGAAAUCACUUACUUAUCAAACAAUUCGUAAAUGCUUUUUGGAGUUCGAUCAAUUAAUUUCGAUUAAAUAUUCAGAUAAGUUUGACGGCUCGAUAACCAAUAGUUACGACUCGAUAAUCAAUAGUUACGACUCGAUAACCAAUAGUUACGACUCGAUAACCAAUAAUGACGAGGUGUUAUCGUUUCUUUACAAUAACUUGAUAAACGAUUACAAAAAUGUUCAAUUGAAUUUAAGUGGUGAUCGGUUGUCAGUAUGGAGAUACUGA